GUGGACGAGCUGGAGUGGGAGAUCGCCCAGGUCGACCCCAGGAAAACCAUCCAGAUGGGCUCAUUCCGCAUCAACCCCGAUGGCAGCCAGUCGGUCGUGGAGGUCCCUUCCGCCCGGUCGGAGGCUCAUCUAACGGAGCUGCUGGAGCGGGUGUGCGAGAAGAUGAAGGAAUAUGGGGAGAAAACGGAUCCGUCCACGCACCGCAAGAGCUACGUCCGGGUGAUCUCCCACGAUGGGACCAAGAUGGACCUGUCCGGCGUCAAAAUCGAUGGAGACGUGGCUUCCAGCCUGAAGUUUGCG